GCUUACAGAGGGAGGAGCUCCUAGGUAUUUAGCUCUCAUAGUUCCCACAGCCAAGCUCCUCAACAGUGAGGGAGAUAGUUUUGCUGUCCUGCAGACGUAUGAAAAUGACACAAGGGACUGUUUGCUGGUUUGGAGGAGUAUGGGGAUUAUUGUUGUGGUGUGCUUUAUUUGGCCCCUGCACAGAUGGCCAGAGAGCACCACAGAGACAUCCAAACUGUAGGUAUGACUAUCUGCCUCAGAACCACCAGAGUGGUAAGGAUCCUUGGCACAAAGGGCACCCCAGGAUCCCUAGGAAGUACUGUGACACCUCAUUCAACAACCAGUCAGCUGGCGCCAUCACCCAGAGGUGUGGCCCUGGAUACUACAGAGAGAGGACAGGGCCUCAUAGGGGCCAGUGUGUACCCUGCAACUGUAACAGCCUGUCUAAUGAAUGUGACGAGCAAACAGGGAGAUGUCUGAACUGUCAGUACAAUACUGAUGGGGAUCGAUGUGAGCGCUGCAAGGAAGGUUACUACGGCAAUGCUGCCCAAAAGACCUGUCGUGGGUGUCCAUGUCCCUUCAGAGCCAACAAUUUUGCAGUAGCAUGUCUGGAUAUUGGUGCAAAUGAAAUCGAAUGUUUGUGCAAACCUGGCUACACUGGAACCAGAUGUGAGAGGUGUGCCCCUGAUUACUAUGGUAACCCAAUGAUAUAUGGAGGCAGGUGCCAGCGAUGCCACUGUGAUGCUACCAGUACCUGUGACCAUCUGACUGGAAAGUGUAAGAAGCCUGAUGAUCCCGGCACAGAUGACCAAUGCAUAGAGUGUGACAGCUGUACUCAGGCCUUACUGAAUGAUUUGGAAAAUAUGGAUGAUGGGCUGGAAUUGCUAAGGCAGCAGCUUCAGGGCAUUGGUUCCAACAGCUCACCAGCCAACCUUAACCAGCUGGAAGGUGCCAUUAAUGAAACAAAGGCUCUGGUUGGAAGGUACAGCACUACUGUGGAUGCUCAGGGCCCAAAGGUCAAUCUGCUGGAAGCAGAAGUUAUGAGUCUGGGUCAGGACAUAAGCCUACUGGAAGACAAGGCAAGUUACUCUCUCUCAGAUGCUGAGAAUGUCUUGGUGAAAGUGAUCCAAACCAAACAGAGAGCCGAGGAUUUUAUCCCUGAAGCUCAAGAUCUUCUAAUGAAUAUAGAAGAUCUCCUUCAACAGCUGAGUGAGGCUAAUUCUAGUGUAACCAACAUCACUGUGGGAGUGGAGGAGGUAGCCAGGAUGAUGAAGGUGGUGCAGCGCAUGGUGAAGGAGAUGAGACAGCUUGGCUGCAGUAACCAGACAGUGACGGCUGCCAGGGAGCAAGAGGACGCUCACAAACUCUUGGACUUCAUCAAGAACAAUGUGGCAGCUCCAUUAGAUGACAACCAGGCUGUAGCCAAUGAGACGGCAGAGUCCCUGAUGACGUCGGUAUCUGCGUUGAGUGAUCUGGCAGCGGCUGUGGCAGAAGCAAACAAUAUGGUUAACAGGACACGGAGCCUCAACUUCAACAGUACUGACUUCCUAAGAAUCCUGACGCAACUAAGAGGUGAGCUGGAGAGGAAACGUGAUUCAGUGCUUCCUGAAAUGAAUAUGACCAAAGAUAAACUGAAGAAUAUCACAGGCCUUGUGGAAAUGAUGAAGGAGAUGAAAAAGGAAUACGAGCACCUUGCAGCCGAGAUAGACGGAGCCAAGCCCAAUCUAACCAAGAGGCUGAAUGAUAUCGCUAAAGCAAAACAGAAGGAGGGCAUUGUCGUCAUGGCAGAGGAGCAUGCAGAGGAACUAAACAGACUGGCAAUGGAACUACACAUGGCAGUGCAUAAUGCCACCAACAGCUCUGACCUGCAGCAUGCCUCAGAAAGCAUCAGAGCCUACAGCAGCAUCAUAAAAGCCAUUGAAGAGGCAGAGAUGGAGGCCAACCAAUCCAAAGAGGCAUCCGACAAAGCUCUGAAGGAUGUGGAGGAGCAAGGUCUGACCAACAGGUCUGAGGAACUAAAGCAUAAUGCAAGUAGCUUACUGACCGAGGCCAUGAAUGCUGAGAAGGACCUCAGAGAGACCUCAGCCAAAGUUGACAACCACAAGCAACGUGUUGGUCAGACCAAGAACAAAAGAGAGAUGCUGAGAAAAGAUGCUCUUGCAGUUACAGAGAAUCUUAAAGAGAUUCAAAGAGAUGACAUUGGGAAGCUCAUAGACUCUGCCAAAGCAACUGUCAACGCUGCCAAUAACACAGUCAAUGACGUAACAGACAGACUAAAUAAUAUCAGCUUGGGACAUAUAAGGCUUCCUAAUGUCAGUUCAAACAUUGGCAGUGUGCUCGAUGAGGCUGGCAAUGAAUUGAAGAAAUUGAACGAGACAUGGCCUACUUUGGAAGACACCCUCAGCAGGGUGCAAAACCUGUGCUCCCAGGCUCCUCCUAGUGUCAGUAUGACAGACAGCAUCAGGAGAAUCAAGGACGUGAUAGAGGAGGCCAGAGACAUUGUCAAAAGGCUCUCUAUCGGCAUGACCUUCAAUGGGAAGGGUCACAUUGAGCUCCGCCCCCCCACCAAUGUUGAGGAUUUGAAGGCGUUUACAGCUGCUGAACUUCUUCUCAACCGCCAGGAGACCAAGCCCACUAGGGGGGACCGCAGCCGUAGGCGCAGACAGAACACACAGGAUGACAGAAACCUCUUUGUGCUCUAUCUCGGCAACAAGGACUCAUCCAAAGACUUCAUUGGAAUGGCUGUAAAGAAUAACACUCUCCGCUGUGUAUACAAGCUGGGUGGAGUCGUACAUGAGUUGAACACCGACCACAUAACCAGAACCAAAGUGAACUCCACUGUUUUUGACAAGGUCGUCUUUAACAGAGUUUACCAAGAUGCUGAGCUCAGUCUCACACACAGGUUCCCAUCACAGUCUGUCGAAGUUUCUAAGGAGAGUAACCGGCCCAACACGACAGUUGGCCUCCUCAACCUGGACACCAACAGUGUGGUCUUCUACGUAGGCGGUUAUCCUGAUGCCUUCACUCCUCCAGUGGAGCUGCGCUACCCCAAAUACUGUGGAGCCAUCAAACUGUCUACUAUCAAUGAUCAAUUCUUUAGUCUGUACAACUUCAAGAAUGCCAUCAACGUAGACAAACAGUCCUAUAUAAAGGUUAGUGUUAGUCUACAGUCAACAGUGCCUUAUUAUUUUGACGGCACUGGUUACGGUUUGGUUACGGCCAUUAAAGAAAUUGAAACCCCGAAAAGAGGAGUGCUCAAGUUCCACACAAACAGCCAGGUGGAGAAUGCAUUACUGUUUUAUAAAGGAAAUGAGGAUUCGUACACUAGUGUUACUGUGGAGAGAGGGUAUGUUGUGCUGCAGGGAAGACACGGCACCCAAGUCCUCAAUGCCAAGAGUACUAGAAAAGUUUCACUCAAUAAUGAACAAUUUGUAAUAGUCAUGGAUACAACAUUUAAAGUACAUGUGGCUGGAGUACCAACUGAGAUUGUCAAAAUAGACAACAUCAUGGAAGGUUUCAAACAUUUCUACAUUGGGGGUCUACCAGCGUCAUUAAGAGAAAGAGAUAAUGUCACAACCCCACCAUUCAGAGGAUGUAUAGAUAAUGUGAUUUUACAAUCUAAGGAGAUUGAGUUUAACACGACAAUUGGUGUCAGUGUUGGAUGCCCAACCUCGCUUUUGGGUGUUCGUGAAGCUACUUUCCACCCUGGUGGCUCCCUCUCAGUGGACCCACAGGAUUUCUGGACCACCCCUGCGGCCAUGGUUUCUUUGGGGUUCAGGACCAUGGAGAAUAAAGGUGUUCUUCUCAGGACCAGCGAAGAGCGUCAUGGAUACCAGCUCUCAUUGGUUGAUGGCUAUGUGAUGUUUAACUUUGAUGAAAAUGCCUUGAAGUCUACCAAGACAUACAACGAUGGAAGAUGGCACUACUUGACUGCAUUAAGGAAUGGCACACAAUUGGAGUUGAGGGUUGAUAAUGGUGAUUUGGGUCAGCAUCAAACCUCCCCCCAAGACAAGCCCAAUGAACAGCAGGUUGUGUUGGGAGGAGAGACCUUCAGGGGCUGCCUGGCUAACCUUCAUAUCAGGAGGCCUGAAGAAAGCUUUAUUCCUGCUGACUUCAGCUCAUUCACCCAGAAGGGAGAUGUGAUCCUGGGGAUGUGCAGACUACAGCCCCCUCCUCAGGCCAUAUGGGAGCCAGCAAGCCUUCAAGAGAGGCCCAAGAAACUCAAACCAAGAUCUGGUGCUGUGCAUACUGAGUGCAGACUGCCCAAAGUGUCUGACCCCCAGGCAUACCAGCUAACUGGGGCUGCUAGUUGGCUCAGUUACAUCAUCGCACCUGAAGAACUUAAUUUCAGGCCUCACUUCUCCCUGGAGAUCAGAACCAGGUCAUCUGAGGGGCUGUUGCUCCAUGUCUCAGGGAACGGGGACAUCUCCCAAGUCUCUCUGUACAUGACCAACGGCAAGAUCAAACUCUCACUGGGGAAGGACAGAGUCAUCUACAACAAGAAAAAGAGCAACGAUGGAAGAUGGCAUACAGUAAUGGUCAGUGUGGAGAAGAACACUUUCCACCUGGUCGUGGAUGGUUUCCGUGUGCCUGAUGGUAUUCUACCUGCAGAGGAGGGUUCCUCCUUAGCCCUGCAGAACCCGGUCUAUCUGGGCAGUGACCCUGCCUCCAAAACCUCUUGGGGUCAGGGUGGCUCUCUUCCCAAGAAGAGUGUGAUUGGCUGUAUACGCCAUUUCAAAGUGUACAAUGUUCUGGUUGGUGAACCAGCCGCCAAUCACGGGGCCCCGCCCUGCUUUGAUGGGGCAACAGAGACGGGGGCAUACUUUGCUGGCACAGGGCAUGUGGUCUUAGAUAAGUUCUUUACUGUGGGCUCCCGUUUUGAGCUGACCUUUGAGGCUCGUCCACGGAACACUACAGGCCUCCUCUUCCAUGCCAGGGGUCGUCGUAGGAACAGCUUAAGUGUCUUCAUGAGGAAAAACAAGGUGGAGGUCCACGUGAAUGAUGGGUUAGGUGACUACAGUGCAUCUGUGACACCUCAACAAAACCUGUGUGAUGGCACAUUCCAUGUUAUUGCAGUGUCCAAACAGAACAAUGUAGUCCAACUGAACGUGGACUCAGAGUCUCAGCGUACGGUCGGGCCUUCCCACUCCUCCUACACAAUGACUAAGGAUUCCUUCUACAUUGGUGGCAUGUCCGGCACAUCAAAGCAUAAAGGAGUGCCAGUCUCUUCUUCGUUUGUUGGCUGCUUGCGGAACAUAAAGGUCAAUAAAAAGCCUGUUGUUUUUAAGACAGCCUCCAGUGUGGUCGGCCCUGUGAACGUCAAUGAAUGCCCAGCAGACUAAGGGGAUGAAAUCAAUGAGUGUUGCCCCAGAUUACCUAAUUCGCUGAACCACUGAGAUUAUCUGUCUAUGACUCAGCGGUAAACGGCUGCAAAUAUGUGUAAUAGAUAGACACUCACCUCUUCAUGUGCAAAUUAUACCACUGGAGGGCACUGCAGUGCUCUUAUAACUGUGUUGUUGGCUUUGCAAGGUAAUUCACACUGUUGGGGUUUAAGGCAAUGUUUUCAAAGUGUUUCAUGAAUUGAACAUUCACACCUUUUAAAUUACAGUGACAGUGACUUUGAUGUAUUCUAUGAAUUAACAGGAAGAAAUACCUCUCAAGAUGAGCUGGCACACAAAUGUUAUCCCUAGUGAGGCUAAAAUAUAAUUGAUAUUAUUUCAAAAACCAUGUCUCACGUUGAUCAGUCUACAGUUUUCAUUUCAAUGAAAUUACCAAUGUGGAAUAGACGUGAAUUGAUUUUUGUGUCCAGUGGGUUGCUGCUGUAAAAAUUUAACUGCAAUUGCACAAUUCGUUUCAAUAUACUAAAAGUUAAGGUUUAACCAAAUGCUUGUCAAAUCCAAUAAAAGGAAUACCAAACUUAACACCUGAACAAUUUUGCCAAUAUUAUGAUUGGACUACUCCCAUUGGCAUGCCAUGUAGUCAUCAUUAAUACUAGGAGUGAGAAGAUGUUAUUAUGGGGUUCUAGGCUCUCCUCCCAGGCUGACUGCAACAGUCUACUGAGGUUAGUUCUGCACAAAGCUAGGACCCCCUGGCAUGGCACACAUCCUUUAUUCAUGCAGGGUGCAAAAAUGUGUGUCUAAUGCACGUCUGGGCUUAGCUCAUACUGUGACCAUGGACUGCAGAGUCCAGACAACAUCCUCUCUCUCUCUCUCCACUCUGUCUUCAUCUACAUCUUGCACAUCAUAUAAAACAUAAUGAAAUGCUUCAAUAUACUGGAUCCCUUUCAGUUGGUUUAUUAUUCUCCUAGUUGGGGAUACACCCUUGUCACAUACCUCACUGCACAUCACACCAGCACCAGUCUGUGCUUGCAAUUCU